AUGCCCGCAAAACGACGACCUACGCCGACGAAGGCUGAAGGUAGCAGUGACAAUGCAAAAAAUGGCGUCAAAAAGGCCGCCGCCGCGGCAGCCAAGAGCCCUCCGCCAUCAGCAGGCAAGAAGAAGAAGGCACCUCCACCCAUCGCCGCCGCAGCCCACACAUCCCGCGAGAAGGGCAAAGGAGCCUUCCUGGGCAAGGGCGGUGUGCUCACGCUAGGAGGUAAGACCUCUGGCGGCGGGCGUGGAAAGGGUGGGGGGCGUGGCAGCAACAGCUCCCCGGGGCGGGGCGGUCACGGUGGCCCCAAGAAGGGUAGGGGUGGUGCUGCGGGUGGACAUGGAGCAGCGACGGCAACCAAAGCAGCUACUGCUGUUGAGGGCAGCAACGCGAGCUCAGAGGAGGACGGGGAGUCCGAAGAUGGUGGUGAGUUGGACGAGAUGGAGGAAAGCAGCGAAGACGGUAGUGAAGAAGAAGAAGAAGCGGAGCAAGUCACGGGCGCCAAGGCAAAGGCAAAUAAGUCCAAACACGGCGGUGGCAAGAGGCAGGAGGAGGAUUCUUCUGAAGGAGAGGAGAGCGAGCAAGAGCUGCAGUCCUUCAUGGAAGCCUUCCCGGGGAUGAGCAGCGACGAAGAGGAGGGGGAGGAUGGGACAGGGUUGGGUGGGGCUGGCAUGGUUAGCGAUGGCAGCAGCAGCGAUGACGCGGGGAGCGAUAGUGAUGAAGACGAGGAGGACGGCGGGCUGAUGGAUAUUGAGCGACAGUCGAAGGCCCUCGACAAGAAAGCAGCCAGGAUGCAGGCUGAACUUCGUGACGAGGCGAAAGAAGGUCUCGAAAGGGAUGUCUUGGAGGGCAGGGAGGCGUUGGGCCUUGUCCCUGCCGGAGAGGGGGACGGGGAGGAGGGGGAAGAAGGCCAGGAAGAGGAGGUCGUGCCUCCGCAGGUGCUCAAGGAGAGAAUAGAGUCCGUCAUCGAAGUUCUCAGCCAGUUUCAGGAGAAAAGAGACCCCGCCUUAUCGCGAGCAGAUUACUUGGAACGCCUGGCCAAAGAUCUGAAAGAGUACUACGGCUUCCUCCGAGAGCUGGUCGAUAUGUUUCUUCUCAUGUUCUCUCCAGCGGAGUGCGUCGAGUUUCUCGAGGCGAGUGACAAGCCCAGGCCGCUUGUCAUUCGCGCCAACACCCUCAAGACCCGCCGAAAAGACUUGGCAGAAGCGUUGAUCAAGAGGGGGGUCAGCCUCGAACCAGUGGCAAAGUGGUCCAAGGUCGGCCUCAAGAUCACAGAGUCCCAGAUUCCCAUCGGUGCCACGCCGGAAUACCUCGCGGGACACUACAUGCUGCAGUCUGCUGCAUCAAUGUGUCCAGUGAUGGCGCUCGCCCCCCAGCAGGGAGAGCGGGUGCUUGACAUGUCGGCCGCCCCCGGUGGCAAGAGCACGUACAUCGCCCAGCUCAUGCGGAACACCGGAGUCGUCAUCGCGAACGACCUUCGCCCACAGCGACAACGGGCGACGGUUGCCAACCUGCACCGCCUCGGCGUGAGGAACGCCCUGGUGUGCUGCCACGACGGCCGCAAGAUUCCCUUCAAGGGCGUCGACAGGGUGCUGCUAGACGCACCUUGCUCCGGGCUGGGGGUGAUCUCACGCGACCAGUCGGUGAAGAUCCAGCGUACCACCAAGGACAUCCUCCGCAGCUCGCACUUGCAGAAGGAGCUUCUCUGUGCUGCGGUCGACGCCGUGAGUGCCAAGAGCGCCACGGGAGGGGUCAUCGUGUACUCGACCUGCUCAGUCAGCGUGGCUGAAAACGAACAGCUUCAAACUGGAAUUACCGUCUGAGAACAAACGUGCGGAAAAACCUUCGAAGCGGCUUAGUCUGAGGAGAAUCGUCUUGCCUACUUCAGCGCGUCCUAGCGUUCUCUUUUUUUUUCUGAUGUGUGUGACCAAUGCCAAUACAUGCGUUCAGUUCAUUUGGACGAUGAAGUGCAUUAAAUAGGGAGGCUCAUCCUAAUUGUGUGUAUCACUGUCUCCCGUGAUGAACUGCUUCAAACUGGAAUUACCGUCUGAGAACAAUCCUGCGGAACAAAAUUCGAAGCGGCUUAGUCUGAGGAGAGUUAUGCAUAUAUCUUGUCCUUAAUCUGCCUUGUGCUCCGUACAACAGCCUCUGGGUAUUGCGACUUCAAGCGUUCGUUCCCUGUAGAUUUAUCCCGUGAUGAACUGCUUCAAACUGGAAUUACCGUCUGAGAUCAAUCCUGCGGAACAAAAUUCGAAGCGGCUUAGUCUGAGGAGAGUUAAGCAUAUAUCUUGUUAUUUCUGUCUUGACAGUAUGCCCUGUACAAAGUCUUACAUGGGUAUUGCGACUUCAAGCGUGUCCUGUAGAUUUUUCGACGUUGGAUUUAUCCCGUGAUGAACAGCUUCAAACUGGAAUUACCGUCUGAGAACAAUCCUGCGGAAUAAACUUCGAAGCGGCUUAGUCUGAGGAGAGUUAUGCGUAAAUCUUGUUGUUAUUCUGUCUUGACAGUAUGCCCUGUACAAAGUCUUACAUGGGUAUUGCGACUUCAAGCGUUCCCUGUAGAGUUCUUCGACGUUGGAUUUAUCCCGUGAUGAACUGCUUCAAACUGGAAUUACCGUCUGAAAACAAUCCUGCGGAACAAAAUUCGAAGCGGCUUAGUCUGAGGAGAGUUAUGCAUAUAUCUUGUUUUUUCUAUCUUAACAGUAUGCUCUGUGCAAAGUCUUAUAUGGGUAUUGCGACUUCAAGCGUUCCCUGUAGAUUCUUCGACGUUGGAUUUAUCCCGUGAUGAAUAGCUUCAAACUGGAAUUACCGUCUGAGAACAAUCCUGCGGAACAAAAUUCGAAGCGGCUUAGUCUGAGGAGAGUUAUGCAUAUAUCUUGUUGUUACAUCUAUGCUGCGUAAGGGUAUUGCGACUUCAAGCGUCCCCUGUAGCUUCUUCCACUUUCGAUUAGGUUGCACGAGGUACCUGAGUCCUAGAACAUCACUUCGAGGCCUGUUCAUGUCGGCCAUGGUUUGGCGGUUUUUGU